CUCUCUCUGUUUUUGGGGCCUAUAUUACAAGUUCAGUGACUGCUCAAUUUCUUGACAACAGCGAAAAGCCUUAACUACUGCCAAUACUUUUUGUACUACUCUCGAUCCAAUCCCUCCACUUCUCUCUCUAAUUAAGCUGCCAUGAGCUACAAGAGCAGCUAUGUCGAAACGGGGAAACUUCUCUGAAACCUUUCGGCAUCAUAUGGGUGAAGAAGACUAUGGAUGGUCCCCAAUUGGGGCUCCUCUAGACCUGCACAGAGAGGACCACUGGAGGCAUUUCGACAACUCAGUCGACGCCGUCUCUUUUGGGUUUGUUGCUACCGCCAUUCUCGUCUCUAUGUUCUUGGUCAUGGCCAUUUUCGAAAGGUUUUUGCGACCUGCUCCCACGGCUUUCUCUCACACCGCUGGCCGGAGCCACCUUGACCCCGAGGCGCAGGUGAGGUUUGCGGGAAAGCUUGGCCAUCCCUCGCCUAAAAUGACUGUUUAUUCCUGUGGAGUUUCAGUGCUGAUGCCAGGAGAUCAUAUACCUACGUACAUCGCCCACCCGGCUCCUGUUCCCUGUCCUCCCGAACGCAUUCCAUGGCCACAGCAUCAACACAACACCACAUCCUAUGCCACCACCAGUUCCCAUCUCACUGAAAACUCAAGUUCCCUAUGAGAUCAAAGAAACCAAGCAUGGAAAAGAGGUCUGUUCUGUAAAAACUCUACUCAGUGACGAUUUAUUCAAGCAAAACUAAUCUCCAGAACCCAGUAGUCAGAAAGGUACCAUAUUUGAGGCUGUUUUUCCCCCCCACUUCCAGAGGUUCUUAUUCUGUACAUACGCUCACAGCCCACCUUGCUUUACCUCCUCUGACUACAUUGCCCUAUUUCAAAGUAGCUUGUUUCACAUUCUUAUGCCUUCUACAAGGUUCAGUUUUUAUCCCUUUUUUUUUUGGCCCUUCAAAUUUGGCUUGAUCACCUUAGCAAUCAAAUAGAUAUCUUAGUUUGUGAGCAAGUGGUGCAAUGUAAAAUGGUAUUCGAGUAUGAGCGGAAUUGAAACUGUCUAGAUAUGUAUGAAACUUGUAUUCGUUUCUUCUAUAUUCUAUGAUUGUCCAAUCUGUUUCUACCUCUUAAA